AUGCCCCGCCCUGGUAAGGAUUCCUAUGAUGAGCAGAAACCUCCUUAUUCCUAUAUUUGGCUAACUUAUAUGGCUAUCCAGAAUUCUGAAGAAAAGAUGUUACCACUUACUGAAAUCUACAAAUUUAUCAUGGAUAAGUUCCCAUUUUACAGAAAGAACACCCAAAGAUGGCAAAAUUCGUUGCGACAUAAUCUGUCAUUUAAUGACUGCUUCAUAAAAAUUCCGCGAAGACCUGAUCGUCCUGGAAAGGGUUCUUACUGGGCCGUUCAUCCGAAUGCACUCGGCAUGUUCGAAAAUGGCAGCUGCCUCCGCCGAAGGAAACGAUUCAAGAUUCGCGACGAUUGUGGAGAAGAAGAAGGACCUCCGGCAAAAAUGCCCUUCACGCCCUCCUUGCCAUGGCUGUCGAACACGUGCUUCCCGCUGCCGCAGCUGCCUGCCUUUCAACCGCCGGACCCAGCUCUGGUUCUGAAUCCUUUCAUGCUCCUUGCCCCUCAUUUAUUCAAUCAAAUUGAUCUUUCCAUGUUCUCAUCAAAGCCAUCUCCGCCCACAACUCCCAAUACUAAUUCCUUUUCCAUUGAAGCUUUGCUGAGUUCCUGA